AUGCGCUGGGAUCCACUAACUUAUGAUGCGCAAUUGUCGAUAGAAUGGAUACAACAACGUCGUCCUCUUUUUAUACUUCUCUUUAUUGCAUAUACGCUGUUUGUAUUCAAUAUGCCGCGAAUUUGGAAAGGAAAAAGAAGCCAAGGCUUGGCAACGAUCAUUUUUUAUUGGAAUGCUUUCAAUGCCUUGGCUGAUAUUGUUUUGCUUCUUGGCUUAUUACCUGAUUUUUUAAGUUCUUUCCAUGAAGGCUUCUAUUCAAGUUUAUGUCUGAAUGAUGGGCUUUAUAAGAAUCCAAGAUCGG